UAGUUCAUACCCAUCUAGUACUAUUGAUUAAUCAAUAAAUUUCUAGACAGCACCACUUCACCUGUCGCCAAGUUGCUCUGAAUUUUCAGCAAAUAUAAUCUGAUCGUAGCAAUUACUCCGCCGGCCGCCGGCUCUGCAGAUGAAGAAGACCUCCAGUCCGCGGAGGAUCAUCAGCUCCGGCGACGCGAAUAAGGACCACAAUUUUGCCGGAACGUUCCUCAAGAAGAAAACCCAGUCUGUGUUAAGUCGUUUCAGAGCUGCAGUUUUCUUUUGGCAGAGAAAGGGCUGCUCCAAUACUGAUGAUGCUGACGAAAAACCUGCUAGUCAAGUGAUAGGGAUUCCUUCUGCUUCCACAGAUAAUUCAACAGGAAGCAGAAGCAAGAUUCCGUUGAGCUUUAAGCAUUCUUAUUCCAGUGUUUCAUUUGAUUCCACAAGGUCACAGGCAGGCACUGUUACUUAUUCCCUUGAAGAAAUUUCCAAGGCAACAGGUAAUUUCUCUCUGAAAAAUAUACUCGGAGAGGGAAGCUUUGGGACGGUAUACAAGGGGAAGCUGAAGGAUGGAUCUUUUGUUGCUGUAAAGCGGGCUAAAACGCAGGAAAUGCACGAGGAUCGCCUUUUUGCUGAGUUUAAAAAUGAAAUCCUUGCCUUAUCGAAGAUUGAACAUCUAAAUUUGGUGAGGCUACUUGGAUAUAUAGAGGAUGGUGAUGAACGAAUUAUUGUUGUUGAAUAUGUUGGCAAUGGUACACUGCGGGAGCAUUUGGAUGUGAUAUUUGGUGCAGGUAAAAGUCGAAGUGAGCUUGAAAUGGCAGAACGCCUUGACAUUGCAAUUGAUGUAGCUCAUGCUGUUACAUAUCUGCACAUGUACACAGAUCGUCCAAUAAUCCACCGAGACAUAAAAGCGUCAAACAUCCUUAUCACAGAGAAAUUCCGUGCCAAGGUUGCUGAUUUUGGAUUUGCAAGAUUAGCUUCUGAGGAUCCAGGGGCAAGCCACGUUUUGACCCAAGUCAGGGGAACAGUCGGGUACUUGGAUCCUGAAUACAUCAGUACGUACGAACUUACAGAAAAGAGCGAUGUUUACUCCUUUGGAGUGGUGCUUGUAGAACUGAUGACUGGAAGGCAACCCGUUCAAUCAGAGAGACCUAUCAAAGAAAGAAUCACAACAAGAUGGGCACUGCAAGCAUUAAAAGAAGGCUGUGCAGUAGUGGCAAUGGAUCCGAGGCUGCAAAGAAGCCCAGCAUCAAUAGAGGCCUUGGAAAAGGUUCUAAGACUCGCUCGACACUGCCUUGCACCUAAUAGACAGUCAAGACCCUCUAUGAAGCAAUGUGGUGAAGUGUUAUGGGGAAUUCGGAAAGAUUUUAGAGAGAAAAACAAUGUUCGUGCUGUUUCCACUGCUCAUUACUCCGAGCAAAUCGAUGUGAGGAAGGACAAUCGGGAAAUGUUUGGGAUAGAAGAUGGUGAGAGCUAUGAAUUCCGUUCUGCAUGAAAUGGAGAAUCGGGUGUAGUCGUUUGUAUGUUGUUACACUUCCGUAAUUGUAUAAAUUCAUUUUAAAUCCACAUUUUUUAAAUUCCAUUUGUAAUCUAGACUUUAACAUUUAUGGUAUUCUAUUUUGGUUUGUUAUUUGUUA